AUGUGGCGGGAGGCGAUGCGGCGCCGCCGCUACCUGCGGGACCGCGCCGAGGCUGCGGCGGCGGCGGCGGCGGGCGGCGGAGACGGGCUGCCCCGGUCCCGGGACUGGCUGUACGAGUCCUACUACUGCAUGAGCCAGCAGCACCCGCUCAUCGUCUUCCUGCUGCUCAUCGUCAUGGGCUCCUGCCUCGCCCUGCUCGCCCUCUUCUUCGCCCUAGGGCUGGAAGUUGAAGACCAUGUGGCGUUUUUAAUAACAGUUCCAACGGCCCUGGCGAUUUUCUUUGCGAUAUUUAUCCUCGUCUGCAUCGAGUCUGUUUUCAAGAAGCUGCUGCGCCUCUUCUCUUUGGUGAUAUGGAUCUGUCUCGUGGCCAUGGCCUACUUGUUCAUGUGCUUUGGAGGCACCAUCUCUGCUUGGGACCAGGUAUCAUUCUUCCUCUUCAUUAUCUUCGUGGUGUACACCAUGCUGCCCUUCAACAUGCGAGAUGCCAUCAUCGCCAGCGUCCUCACCUCCUCUUCCCACACCAUUGUGCUGAGUGCCUGCCUGUCUUCAACUCCAGGGGCCAAGGAGAACCUGGUCUGGCAG